UCCACCCCCCUCCUCAUCUGGUCAUCUCCAACUGCGUCCCUGCAGUGACUCUCACUGACCACUGACCCCCGUCGGUUCUGGCGACUGGUUGUCUUUGGCUGAUGGAGCUUGAGCUUGUUUCUUCAACAUGGGUUGUUGCUUUUCUAUAUCGCGCGACAAUAGCCGUCCUUCCUAUGCAGCGCAGGUAGUUACCGAAGAGCGCCGUCCCGAAGACUCUCAUCCCCAAGCUGCAGCAACAAGCAAUGCGCUCACCUCCGGCAACUCGUCUACCAGGGCACGCGGAUCCCGAAUCAGGGCAGAACACUUCCCACUGAGCCAGCAUUACAAUGCGCCCAUCCGUCGUCACGUCUGGUAUAGCAAACGGCGCCUAUGGACUCGCACACAACUGGACCAGGAGCGCACCGAGUUCUUCGAAACUAGGGUCACGGGUCGUUCAGAGAUCUGGGCGGCUUUGUCUGCGGCCAUCUCUUUGAUUCGCGCCGGUGAUCUCGCAACAGCGCAGAGUUUCAUUGAUGCAGCCGGCAUCACUGUCCCCACCGGUGAUCUCUGCCAAGGCUGUUACGACGAGCAAGGUGUACUAUACCGGCUACCACAGUGCAUUGUCAGCGACCCAGAGAAUAUCGUGCGAUCCGACGAGGAGCCCGAUGACUUCGACACGGACGACGGCAAGCUAUCUUCAGACGAAGCCUCCGGGGAUGAAUUAAUAGCCGAUGACAUUGAACGUCGUCGGGACGAAAAGGGCAAGACUAGCGAACGUGAUUUGAUCCGCAUCCGUGCGCGAUUGAGCGAUAGAGGCGGCCCCGACAUCAUCCUGUCAGUUGUGAAGACGAUGAACGUCGGCCUGAUAGCCCGCAAAGUGCAACAAGAGGCAGGGAUCCCGCGCACUCACCGUGUGAGAUUCGUCUACCUAGGCAGAAUGCUCAAGGAACAUGUGCCCCUAGUCGACCAGGGAUGGAAUUCCGCCCACGUUAUCAGCGCCCUCGUUGUCCCGCGACAAUCGGUGUCCUGACAGUUUCGUGGCUGCGAUAGCUCACAUGCAACCUAACAGCCUGCCUGCAUGAACAACCUGCAGAGACCGAUCCACCUAAUCCACACUUUGAUCUACGG